AGAGCGUGUUCGAGGCGUGUGCGUCGCGCUUUUACCCAGAGGUGGCCGUUCAAUGCGCCGACUUGAUCGUUCUACGCUGAGUUCCACCCAAGGAUCCCAUGGAUGAGACGGAGGCAAGAUGAACCACACCGCGGCCUUCCAGAGCAGCCAUUACAUGCACGGAAAUGGCUCAAAGAUCACGAUGCAACCUCUCGCCGCACAAGUGGAUGCGUACGUCAAGGGCCUGCCUCGAGAGGAGACCAUGUCUUACGAGCGGCUGUGGGUGGCUGCCGGCUGUCCGAUGGCCAACAAUCGGCUGGAGGGCCGCGCCGCAUUCGAGUUCCUGACCAAGAGCGGCCUCUCGCGUGAAGUGCUGCGGGGCGUGUGGGAGCUGGCUGACGUGCAGAAGAGGCAUGCACUCAUGUGGAAUGAAUUCGUCCUGGCCAUGAGGAUCAUCGCAGCCCACCAGCACGGCACCAAGGUCAGACAGAGGGCGACGGACGCAGCCAGCACCUUCUUAUAUAAUGGGAUCGAUCACUUCGUUUCGGCUGGCUCGCUGUGUGGCUGGGAGUGUGUGUCAGGUGUCAUCUGUGGAGGAGCUCCUUGCCAUGCGCCACCCUCCCGUGCCCUUCUCCUUCAUCCCGCGGUUCCAGGGCGUCUCCCUGCCGUCCCCACCACCACUUGUGCCCGAGCAAGCCCCCUCACGACUCGACGUGCAAGCAGCGCCAGCGGUCAUCCGGCCCACGCCUGGCGGUGGCGGUGUGGCGGUGAAGGCUGCUAGUGCGAUGGAUGACUUGCUGUCGUUUGACGAAGGGCCGGCCGUCACUGCGGCGGCUGUUCCCAUGCCCUCUGCCCCCGAGGCGGCGACAAGUGGUGAGAGGGUCGACAAGAAAGCAGCAGAGGCGGAGAUGCCUGUGAGUGACACCAGAGAGACGGCGCAGAAGCGCAAGGAAGACAUGGUGGCGGAGCUCAUGAGCAAAGCGGUGAGUGAGUGAGGGACAGAAUCAGAGUCAGUCAGGAAACCUACGGCCUAAAGGAUUGACGACCACAGCCGUUCUUCGUGAGUGACUGGGGCGCCUUUCUCUCUGCUCUCAGAUGACGUCGUGGCGUGACGAGUACGACAAAAGGCGGACACCACUCUCGCAGCUCGCUGGCUCCAAGGGCGACUUGCUGGGCAGCGGGUCCCCAAAAGCCACCAGCAACGGCAAGUCGCUGCCGAGCAUCCCCCCUCCCGCAGCCAGUGAGGCCAAGACAGCGUCUGACUGGGCCGCAUUUGACGAGGGUGACGCCCUCUUCACCUCACACGAUCCCUUUGGAAAGGCGUCAGCUGAGGCACAGGGCAGAGGGGACAGGUGGGCCAAGAUGGCGGCAUUUGACGAGCUUCUCGAGCCAGCACCACAGCCAGCAGUGGCAGCCCCACCUCAGAUUGCUGACAGCGGCGGCUGGGCGGCCUUCGAUGCAACACCACAACAGCAGGAGGCACCUGGGGCCCCGCCGGCCGCUGGUGCUGGCGCUGCUACUGACGAAUGGGCCGAGUUCGGCGACUUUUCAUCUUCUCCAUCCGUCCCGCCCCUGGCUGAGAGAGACGUUGCCAAGCCCAUGCCUCCCCCACCCCCUCCCCCACCCCCUCCACCAGAGGCAAGGCCAUCUCGGCCUUCACCUCCCCCGCCACCACCGCUACCAGUACCAGCUGCCCCACCCGUCUCUGCCUCUCAAGCCCCCAAAGAGAAGCCCUCGUCUCCCCGGCCAUUGAGUGAAUUGUCCAUAUCGGCCGACACCGUCGCCGCCUCGAGCAAUUCUCAGCUGCCCGCAUCCGACGACCCCUUCAAGUCUAUCGCAAUGGAGGAAAGUGGCGGCACCAAGGGCGGCGGGUCCCUCGACAGCGCCGAGUGGGGCUUCGCUUCGCCUGGUGCGGCAGCUGGGCGGCUGCCCGACUUCUCGGGUGCCGACAGCUGGGCUGCCACAAAGGACAAGAGGGACGAGGAGGAGAUGCUUCCCUUCCCAUCGACAGCAGGAGCACUAGCUAUCCCGCCUCCAGCAGACCAGUUCUUCGCUGACUUCGACGACGGCCCCAAGACGUCAGAAGGCGCCCUUCCCCCUUCCAGUGGCAUGCUCAUGGACGACGUGUGGAAAGAUCUGGGCGGAUCUGACAAGCGGACCCCGUCGCCUCAGCCCUCCGAUGGGGGCGACAGCGGCAGCCCAUCCGGCAGCCCCCCACGAUACGACGUCAAACCGAGCGACAUCGCGCAUUCGUCUGGAGGGACGGACGCCAUCUUUCCCGAUCCAUUUGAGGCUCUGGGGAACGGCCACAGGCCAAGCGAUGAGGCAGCCGACGCAGUCCGUUUGAGCGCCACUCCCACCCUUGACACAACAGCUCUCAAGAUCGACCCGGUGCUGCCGCCGACCAUCUCUCUCACCGCCCCUGCUGCCGCUGCCGAGUCAUGGGAUGCCUUCGACGACUUGAUCCACCCGCACCCCCCCUCCGCCCCCCUCUCGCCCCCCCAGGAUCAGCACAUGGCUCAUCCAGCGCGUGAAGGCGACGUGGCCCCCAGCAUCAGGGCCGAUGACAUGCCAGGUCUGGUCAAGUGGUGGGGUGUGGCAGAGGCGCUGCUACUCAAGGUGCUCAGGACAGGGGGGCUGUCGCAGGAGGGGGGAGAGGAGGGGGAGGGGGCAGGCUGCGUGCCCCUCGGCGUCAUGCGAGAGUUCGACCGCACGGUGCCGAUGCUCGAGGCCCACCACAGUGAGUCCCAUCGCAGGACAGACAAGCCGCCCCAGCUUCCAGCCCCCUCUGUCCGCCACAGACACGAGGUCACCGCAGCCAUGGCGUCCUACGCCGAGAGAGUCGAACACGCCAGGAGCCGCAGAAGCGUCAGGCGGGCAUCGGCAUCAGCAGGGGGUGACGACGCCACGGCAAGCAGCCCCGACGUGUUGGGUGUCGGCCACAGUUUGGGGCUGGCCUUUCUGCACGAGCAACUGGAUAAGCCGCUGGUCAAGCAGCUGGGGCGAGUGGGUGAGUCGCUGCGCAGUCUGCACCGAGAGUCCGAGAGGAAGAGGGAGGAGAGGGAGAAGGGGAGACAGGACGGCAGGAGGCUGCCCAGGGUGAGUGACGCGCAGCAGCUGCUGCACGAGAGACUCGCAGAGCUGGCAAGGCUGUACAAGGCGGCAAGGUCAGUAGGUGACCACACACACACACACACACACAGACGCCUGCACAUGCACGCAGUCAGUCACACUGUGUCUGUCUUCUGGGUUAAACAGGGUGUGGGUUGGCGUCAUCACCUCUCUCCAGCUCCUGGAUGAGUUCGAUGCCCACGAGGGGCCGAGGUCGUCGAGGGAAUUUGCAGACCCCUUCGCAUCAGCCACACCUGCGCCUACAUCCACCACCACGGCUGGCCGAGCCUCUGAUCCAUGCCUUGCCGCACUGCGGACGACCCUCCGAGCAGCCACCGAGCUCAAAAGACUCCUGAGAGACAUACAGAACCAGGUAUGGUGCAUAGAGCACAUGGACAGACAAGAGCCGAUGGCUGCUCUUUGCCUCAAUUCAGGUUGCGUGUUCGAGCCAGCUGGCCGUCGACCCCCACCGCAAGGCCCCUCCUGCCGCCGAGAAGCCCAUCGAUCUGAGCGAUCCAUCCGACCAACGAGAGCUCGCCCGCAACGCCGGUUUCCAGAACUUGAUCCGUGGCUGCGCUACGCUUUAUCGGCUGCUAUGGCGCCUCAACGUCGUGGCUUCGCCAUUCCUGUUCCCUCCAGCCACCGACCUGCAGCGACUCGCCCACAUAAGGCGACACGUCUUCAGGGAGGGGGCGGCUGCGACGGGGAGCGGGCCAUCGCCCCUGCAUCUCUCGGCUGGUGGGCGGAAGGAGUGGGUGGAUGUGUCUGAGCGGGUCAGCGCGGCGCUGGAAGAGGCGGCCGAGAUGUGGAACAGCCUGCUGAGUCAGCUCAAGCCCUUCUUCGACCCCAAACAACAGCCGUGUGGGAGUGAUUCGGGCGUCGCGACCACAUCUAAGGAGAGGAGGGAGGGGGCGAGGAUGUGUGUGGUGCUGGGAAGGGCCUCGUUCCCUGGGCAGGGCUUCGAGUCGAUCGACAGUCUGUUCCCCAAAUGGUCGUCUGGAGCUGUGGUGACGUCAACGUCGGCCACGUCUGAUGCCGCAUGCCCCUUCUCUGUGACCUUCUGGGAGACAUUGUCUGAGAGCGAAGAGCAGCUCCCCGAACAACCGAGCAGGACCCUCUGUUCGCUGUGUUGCCUGAGGGCAGCCUCCCCCUCGUCGGUGUCGCCUGUUGCCUCAUCGAGUGGGGGUGUGGGUGUUGGUGAUGUGGGCACCAGUCGGCAGGUGACGCUGUCGCAUCCCUUUGAUGAGGUCAGCCUGGGCGUGGAGCCGCCUGCGUCGGCCGUGUGGAUGGGCCACCUGUUCCACACCGCCUGCAUCAACUUCUGGAUGUCUCAUGUGGACGUGGGAGGCGCUGCAGCCCUGCCAGAUGUGCCGCUGCACCGAUAGGCAGACAACGGGAUCGAUCUGCGUCUGUUGGCUGGCUGAUAUGAUGGCUGGGUGGCUGGCUGGCUGGCUGGCUGAUCGAUGGUUGGUUGAUAGGGCGCAAGCUUGACGAACGAAUGAAUGAAUGGCCAUGCUGGCUGGGAGAGCGGUCAUCUUGCAGCCCACCGAUGUGAUCACUGUGCGUGGGAGCGUGCGUGUGUGUGGAUGCAUCGACCUCUGUGUAGUGUGUGACGGAUGGAUGUGUGCAGCACGCACAUUUCGUUUCUUGUGCCUUGCAAUCCAUGCAUGACGUGAAUUCAUGGCAAGUCGCUAAGUCAAGCUGCA